AUGCGCACCAUAAUCAAGAAAAAGCAGACGGAAAUUAAUCCGUUUCGGCCACACCGGUUCCAAAUACCUCCAUGUUGCACCGACACUGAAUCAGUCCGGGACGUAUUGGGGGGAAUAGCCGAUAUUGUUACGAAGGUUCACUUCUUCCUGCUUCUCAACGCAGACCUCCUGAUGAGACCGGGUCCGAGUCCGGCUAGUGCUGAUGAUGAGGCGCCGAGGCGAUCUCGAAUCUGUCGAGAUGAGAAAAGCCUGACACAUGACAACGCGGUUUCAGUCUCGCAUCCUUCGCCCCCUCAGUGGGACUCAAACCAACAUUUGGGCCUGCUUUCUAACCCGAAAUCCUGCAAAGGCUUGGCUAAUACGGAAAUGUCAGGCUACAACUUUACCUCACACUUUGUCAACUCCAUACAUUUGCAUUAUAUUUCUUCAUCAUAUCCCGGCGCAAAUAUUCUCACUCCACCAUACAGAACCACACCUUCCCUUCUUACCUCCGCUCCAAACAUUUUCGUGGAAAUACCCCUCAUCACACGACUGAACACAAAGCCCACCUCCGAUUCACAGCUCGGAGCGCUACAUCAUCUUUUAACACUUUUUGUCUCGCAAAUUCCCACUAGGCUUCCCUUGCGUUGGGUGUACAUAUAG